AUGUCUAUAUCACCGCCCUCUUAUGCGCCUACAUCCACGACUUCGUACGCACCGGCAAACGAAAACCUUCUUAAAUAUCACCAGGAGAUUACGCGAUCGUCACUCUUGAAGCUGCCUCAGCACAAGACUGUGUACGAUUCUCUUGCUGAAGUGUACUCGAUAAUCACAGUGUUGGAGAUGGUUGAAAAUGCAUUCAUAAAAGACUAUAUAACGGGGAAGGAUAAAUAUACGUCGACCGUAUUGCGGUUAAUCAACCAAUACCUGAUAAUCCUAAAGUCUUUCGAAAGUAGCUCCGAUGCAGCCUUGUUGGACUCCAUUCUUGUUGGUAGAGCCGCUGAUAAUUCCAAUUUCUUGACGUUGUUCACGAAUAAAUUCAAUCUACAAAAGUGCCAGUUAAGUAUCAAGCGAUUGACCGCGGGAAUACCUGCUACUAUAGAGCAUCUUGGCAUGCAGGUACAGAGCUCAUCAUCAGAAUCGAAUGGAGGAAAGAGAAGUGCUAGGUUGGUUGCUGAAUCAACAGGAAAUUUCAUCACAUGCAUGGAUGCUUUGAAGUUGAACUACAAGACCAAAGAGCAACUACACCCAUUGUUGUCCAAUUUGGUGGUUAGUCUAAACGAUCUUGUGAUGUCAAACGAAGGCGGUGGUCUGGGCAGCGAUGUUACAGGUUUGGAUUUUGUAGGGAAGUCGAAGUUGGUUUCAUGGUUGAUAAAGUUGAAUGGAUUGGAGUCAGGGGAAUCGUUGGGACAAGACGAUAUCGACUCUUUCUUAAACGACUUAGAUACGGCGUACAGGGGAUUCUACAAGUCACUUGAAGACUGA